AUGAAGUUCUCCGGCACUGCUAUCGUUGGCACCCUUGCCGCGCUUAUCUCUUGCAUUCAGGCCGCUCCCCUUGAGAAGCGCGUCUCGGGAAUCCCCGGUUUCGAUGUCUCCGGCUACCAGCCCAACGCUAACAUGAAUGGCGCCUACGCUAAUGGUGCCCGAUUCGUCUACAUCAAGGCGACCGAGGGAACGACGUUCAAGUCAUCCUCGUUCUCGUCGCAGUACAAUGCUGCUACUAAUGCUGGUCUGAUCCGUGGUGCCUACCACUUUGCCCGCCCCGACUCGUCUUCGGGUGCUACUCAAGCCAGGUUCUUCCUCAACAAUGGCGGUGGAUGGUCUGCUGACGGCCGAACCCUACCUGGUGCGCUUGACCUCGAGUCAUCGAGUGGUGUUGCUACUUGCUACGGUCUCUCCAAAAGCCAGCUCGUCAGCUGGAUUCAGGACUUCGGUAACACCUACCAUGCUUCUACCGGUCGUUACCCCACCCUCUACUGCUCGUCUGGAUGGUGGAACCAGUGUGUCGCUUCCAGCGCCUUUGCCAGUAACUACGCCCUCUGGGUCGCCAACUACGGUGUCAGCAGCCCCAAGAUCCCCACGGGCUUCAACUACUACACCUUUUGGCAAUACAGUGACAACGGUCCUUACCCAGGCGACUCAGACACUUUCAACGGCUCGCUCGAUGGCCUUAAGAAGUACGCCAACGGUGCUUAG